CUUCUUCUUCUUCAUCUUACAAAUUUUCAACUUCAAGCCGAUCCAGAACUAAACCGGUUUCACACUCGAACCGCUUUUUUAAUCCGGUUCGAUCUCUAUUUACAGCAGUAUUCCGGCGACCUGAAUGACUUCCGGCACGAGGUUACCGACAUGGAAGGAAAGAGAGAACAAUAAACGGAGAGAACGACGGCGAAGAGCAAUCGCCGCGAAGAUCUUCGCCGGACUUAGAAUGUACGGUAACUAUAAGCUUCCUAAACACUGUGAUAACAACGAGGUGUUGAAAGCUCUGUGUAAAGAAGCUGGUUGGAUCGUUGAAGAAGAUGGAACUACUUACAAAAAGGGAUGCAAGCCAGUAGGACAUGUGGAUAUUAUAGGUUAUUCAGCAUCUGUAAGCCCCUGCUCAUCUUACCAACCGAGUCCGGGUGCUUCGUAUAAUCCAAGUCCUGCUUCAUCAUCUUUCCCUAGCCCAGUCUCAUCCAAUUAUGUUGCAAAUGUCCAAAAUAAUCAUGAUCCUAACACCCUAAUUCCUUGGCUUAAGAAUCUCUCAUCCGGAUCAUCGCCUUCAUCAUCCAGAUUUCCCCACCAUUUGUACAUUCCUGGGAGCUCUAUAAGUGCGCCUGUUACUCCACCUUUGAGCUCUCCCACAGCUCGUACACCUAGAAUGAGCGAUGAUCCCAUGGCAAAUUCAGGGUGGGCACAACAACACUAUGCCUUCUUACCAUCUUCUACCCCCGCCAGUCCUGGUCGUCAAACACCACCAGAUUCUGGUUGGCUUUCUGGUGUUCAAACUCCACAAGACGGACCUUCAUCCCCUACGUUUAGCCUUGUCUCACCAAAUCCAUUCGGAUUCAAGGAGCCAAUAUCAAAUGGAGGGUCUCGGAUGUGGACACCAGGGCAAAGUGGGGCAUGUUCUCCUGCCAUUGCCUCAGGUAUCGACCAAACAGCUGACGUACCAAUGUCGGAUGCUAUUUCAGCAGAGUUUGCAUUUGGCAGCCAUAUGAUGGGAUUAGUGAAGCCAUGGGAAGGUGAAAGAAUUCACGAGGAGUGUGCUACUGAUGAUCUCGAGCUUACACUUGGCAACUCUAGCACUAGAUAGAGAAGUACAAGAGAAGUCUACUUAAUUCAUUGAUUUUGAUCAUAAACAUAUCUUUGUGCAAAUUUGAAGUUUAACUUAUUAUGUCAAUCACUUCUGAAUGUGAAGAUGUUGUGGUUAGUAAAACCAGUUUAAAAUGCACAGUAGCAACAAAUGAUACAUUUUCUUGUAGAUUGAAGUAUUUAUUUUCGCACAUUUCCCCAUUAAUUUUCCCUGUAUUUGUAGUACUAUCCCAAUUUUUUAUAUUCUUUUUAUUUUUUUUCCUCUUUCAAGAUUGGAAUUACUUUUUUUAUUUUUGUAGUUAUCUUUUGUAAUUGUUCACAUCAUAUAGUAUGUAGGAGUUGACUUACAAGAAGUGUUUUUCUCUA